AUGCCUCCCCGACGAGCCUGCGACACAUGCUAUAAGCGAAAGAUUCAAUGCCUGAUCAAAACGCAGGGUGAUCCGUGUGACUGGUGCGACAGCCAGGGGCUCACAUGCACCUUUGAUAGAGUGAUCCAGAAGGACCCAAACAAAAGAACUACUUCCGAUGUCGUCCAGGAACUAUCACGUCGCGUGGAAACGCUCGAGGAGGCGCUUCAAACGGCUUUGACGAAUAGCACAAACAUGUCCAUUGGAGGCCCCUCGCCAUGGUCUGAACCAACAAGUCUUCGUUUCGCUUCAUCCCCAAUCACUCGCCAACCGGUGAUAAGUCCGAUUGGUGUAUCGCCAACAAUACGUUCCAAGGCCGUUUACAAAUUAUGUCGCUGCCACAUCGGGACAAACUGGUAUUUCAAGGGAAUAGGUAUUCUCUCAGAUCGCGGCUGGCAGUGGAUCUCAGACGGAGCAGGGGAGCGCGUAUUUCUCGAGAAUUUCGACAUUUUCGGAAAUCCUGCGCCGCCGCUUGGCUCUGUUUCAUUUUCUGAAACGCCGAGGGUUCUGCCCCCUAGGGCUAUCUGCGCGCAUGUCGUUGAGUUAUUUUUCAAGUCCAAAACAGCUGUUAUCUUUCCGUUUUUGGAGAGAGGCCUCUUUGAGGGGACGUUGAGCAGGGCGUUUGAUGAGGGGGUUGGUGAUUUGGGGAGGAGGGCGCCUGCUGAGGCUUGUCUUUGGGCUAUGAUUGCUCUUGUUGUGAGGACGACUGAUGCUCAGCUGUUGGGGUUUGCUUUUGAGCCGAGGGAAUGUGGAACGCUUCUUCUGGUGAGUGAUAGAACCGUCAAGAUCGUCAACGAGGCUGACGAAAGCAGUGGGCAAGUCAAAAGACCAGAGGGCAAUGCCGCGAGGCAGCAGUCAGCUUCGCCAGCGCAUGUCGCAUGCCUCCCGCGAGAUACAAACCUCGCGAGAAUCAAGGAAAACGCAAGCAACAUUCUAUGUUCUCCACGAGCCUUCAAGUACACGGAGGGCGAACUCCUCGCCCAUGUUCGACAGCUCGACGAUGAGCUUGAAGAAUGGCGCUUAUCAAUCAGUGCAAGCUAUCGACCGCGGUUAUCCAUCUCAUCAGAUUUGGUGUUCGGACUCCCUGCAUCUUUGACCGAGAGAGAUCGGAUGAAAGAAAGGGCAUAUUUCAUAAAUCUACAGCUCGAUUACCUCUUCACCAUCAUCAACAUCCACACACUAGUUCGGAAAUGCGGCGACUUCGAGGAGAAUCUUCCAGAUGAUCUCCACAGCGUAGUCGAAUCCAGCGCUGAUCUUUCCAUCGAAGCAAGUCGUUCCAUCUUCCGAAUUUUGAACCAGAUAGUGGAACUCUGGGAAGAAGACGCGUUAUGGAUAGUAUCACACUAUGCGCCUAUGGCUGCGAUGCCACUCUUCAUGAACAUCCUGAUUCACCCGCUCGGUUCUUCAGCAGAUAACGAUUUGUAUAUCUUAUCGUCGAUAAGCAAGAUCACACGGAAAAUUCCUUCUGAUAGGCUUCCGAUGGAGGAGAUUGAGCAUAUUCAGGAGAUUAGUGAGUUUGUUAUGGAGCUUGUACGGUUAAAUCACAGUGCGGCUUGGAAGGUUAAACGGGGAGAGAGAGAGCAUGACCUUGAUAUCAUUCAUACAUAG